GCGAGAGGGAAGCAGAAAGGAACACAAUAACCGUGUGCCCCGAUGUCUUCGUCAUCCGUUCCCUCCGUCCCCGCCACUUGCGACACGUGCCACAACAUGAUGAUCAUCGUGGUGUUGAUGAAGAUGAUGAUGAUGCCGAUUGCGCUGCAGAUGAUGAUGAUGAUGAUGAUGACGAGGGCGGCGGCGAUGUUGAUGACUACGACGAUGUCGGAUGAUGAUGACGAUGACGUUGAUGAUGUUGCUGAUGAUAAUGAGGAUGAUGAUGAUCAUGAUGAUGAUGAUCAUGAUGAUGAUGAUGGUGUUGAUGUUGAUGACAACGAUGUUGAUGAUGAUGAUGACGAUGAGGAUGGCGAUGAGGAUGACGAUGAGGAUGAUGACGAUGAUGACGAUGAUGACGACGAUGAUGAUGAUGAUGAUGAUGAUGAUGAUGAUGAUGAUGAUGAUGAUGAUGAUGAUGAUGAUGAUGAUGGCAGUCGUCGACGGUUCUACAUGAAAAAUGUGUACAGUUCGAAGGGGAACGUCGUCGCCGGUGCCAAGGGAAGGGGGGUGGAAGAGGACCACCCGGGUAGCAAACGUCCGGCUUCAAAACCGAAACAGCCUGCGUCAGGACCUUCCACGACACGGCCUGCCAUCGAUGUGGACGCCGGGUACUUCCUGGAGUACAAAGACGGCGUCAGGACAAGGCGGGAGUUUGAGAUUAGCCCGGCUCAGAUCGUCGACCUCGGGGACUUGUGGAUUCUCGCGGAUCAAAAGGAAGAGGAGACUCUUAAGAAGCAAAAUGUUGCCCUGCGUUCUUAUUUCCCUCCCGCGAUGGCCGGAGAAAAUGUAUGGAAACUGGCCCUGGAAUUUUUCGACAAAUGGGAGACGAGUAGAUUGCUGAGCCACGACGGAGCGAAGUGGAUCGUGAAAAAGAAGAAGGUCAAAAAUGUCAAGCCUCGGGUCGCCUACAUCCACAACGACAAGUUGGGCAGAACUGAGGUGGUGUACUACGUCCCCGUGGACCCACCGAACAAGAAAGGCAAAAAGGAGAAAGAGGACGGCGAUUGGUUCGUGCAAGUGCCCGACCCGGACGCGCAUUGUUGGAAAGCAAUGGAAUCACUCACGGACAAUGAGAAGUGUCGCGUUCUUAAGAAGGUGCUUGCUUGUGAGAUCGUUUGGGUCCAGGCCGGCUCCCCGUCGUUGGCGAAGUUGGGGAAGCUCAGCAUGCAGGACAUGGUGCAGCUGGUGAAGUGCGACCGCGUGCUGGUCCAGUUGUGGAAUUACUAUCAAUUCAAACACGAGAAGAGGCCGGACGCGGAUUGGAUCCAAAGGUACCCUUUCCUGAAAUCGAGGUCUGCGGUGUUCAGGAAGUUUGAAAGUCAGGGAUUGGAUGACGAGUUGUGGGAUAACAGCAGGAAACACUUGUUUAAGGACUGCCCGUCGUACACGGGUUGCGACCAGGACAACGCGAUUGAGGUGACGGAGAAGUUGGUGGGGCACAAGAAGUUGUCCGUCGACUGGAGAAACAAGGUUCUCUCCGUGUUGAAUGGGAGAAGACUGAAGAGCCGGGAGGUCGCCCUUGCCGAAGGCAUUAUUCACAUUAAAUGGAAAGACACGAGGGACGUGACAUCCAUCGCGCCGUUCGCCAACGACCCUUUGGAGGCGGACAUGAGGGGCGCAGAGCUGAAGGAAGCAUUGGCUGCCACAAAGAGCCACACGUUCGUCCUCGAUCUGUGCGAGCCAGUUGACCUCAAACUGUGGAAGGCCCAAGCGUGGGAGACUUUGGAUUCCUAUCUUCAGACGUGGUGUCCGUCGCAUUGGACUCUCGUUGUUUUCGUGCCGCGGCAGCACAACCUCACGUUUCUCGCUAGCAUGCACCAUCUUUCUUUCGUCAAGCUGUUGGAAGGGAAGUGGGUGAGGAAAGUUCAGCAAAAGAAAAGCUUCCCCGUUGGGAACAAUUUGUACACGGAGGAAGACCGCAUGUACAUCCUCUUCAAGGGUGACGAUCUGCGCGCCAAGUUGCCAACACGUAUAGGGUCCGGCGACACGGAGACGACGAAGUCCGCCGAGAUCCGAACUUCUUCGGGCGGGGGCUGUCGGCCAGGGAUUGUCAUGCCGUUGAGAGGGGCAGCGUGCACAGAGACGGAAGUGCGGUCCUCGGGAUUCGACACGGGUACCGCAGAAGGGGAUGAGUUUCGUGGAAGGGAAGUAGGGGAGAAAAUGGAGGAACGGAGGGGAGCACAAGAAGGGGAGGAAGAAGGGGAGGAAGAAGGGGAAGAAGAGGAGGAAGGGGAGGAAGCGGGAGAAACGGAGCUACUUGAUUUGCUUGAAGGGAGGGAGGGUGCCGGAUCUGGAGACGACGAAGUGGAGCACAGUGAGGACGAUGCCGGAUCUGGAGAGUCAUCUGACGAGUUCGGACAACUGUACCGAGAGCAUCACGAGGAUGAUGUCGACGACGAUGCCACAGCAAUAGAGAUAGAGACACAGGUCGUUAGCAGCCUUUCUGCACAGCCUGAAGAUUAUGCGGUCCGACCACGAACAUCUGUUGUCGACUUGCAACACCGCUUCGACGAGGCUUUCGGCGUUAUCAGCCCGUCUAAAACAAGUCGGCGUAUAAGCAUCGACGAAGUUAUCGACGGUAUCCUCGGCGACCACAACGUGUCUGCCCGUCCGUCCACAACGCCUGACGUCGACGAAACUGGCAACGUCACGUCUCCCGUUGCAGCUGCCCUCGCUUCGUCGUCGCCGAAGUCCCUGGUCCUGCCGGCCACCCUUGCCGCCGGAGAGGAAGGCGAGGUCGGGGGACGACAACAUGUCACGUUCCCAAAGAAAUCGAGGGUCGGCGGUCAAGCUCUCGACGUGCUCGCUUUGCCCGCGCCAAAUUCCCCAUCGAAGGAGCGGAGAGAGAAACAGACUGGGAUGGGGUCGUCUCGAACACAGAGGUCCUCCAAAUAUCCUGAGCACAUAUUGCAGAAAGUCCCCGGGUUGACUACAAAACACAAGGAUAUGUUAAAGGCAUCAGGGGUUGAUGUCGAGAUCGGGAAGAAGGAGUACAAUGUUGCCAUUGAGGAAUGUCUUUCCCUUCUUGCCCCAGAGAAAGGGACAUAUCCACGAUCUGUGAGUAGGGGUCAGGCCAUGUAUGAGAAGUACUUAGCAACGCGUCAUGCUCCGGGGGACAAUGCCUAGAACUCCGUUUCUCACUACCCCACGUGUCCUUUGCUCGAUGUUGUGCAGUGCAGGCCGCAAGUGCAGCACGCGGAAAAAGCUUCGCUGCAACGAUUGAGCCUCUGAGCUUGCGGGUUUUGGACGACAUUUUACGAGGCUCGGUGCCGUCUCACACUGUUCUCUCUAUACUGGGCGAUGGUCAAUUUCGGAUUGCAGCAAAAGAUCUCCUCACCCUACUGCAUGUCGACGGCAGGGUGAAUGAUGAGGUGGUCAAUUUCUAUAUGGCGUUGUUGGGGUCGACCGCAUGUGGGUCACGUGACAUCUCGUCGGGCCUUCAAGUCUUCACCUUUAAUUCGUUCUUCUUCAGUAAAAUGCGACUUCAAGG